AUGGAUUUCCGAGAUAUGAUCACAUGUGCAAAUAAUUCGAGCAAGCAUUCCAGCCACAAUUCAAAGGAUAAAUUGAGUAGCAUCGAUGAUGAUGAUGAUGAUGUUGGCGGUGAUGCUUCAAGUGAUUGUGAUAGUGUUGCUGAUACAACAUGGUCAUCAGAAGUAGAUAUGAGUUAUCAACAAAGCAAUUUUACAACACAAUCGUUAUUAUUACAUCAACAGUAUGAUGAUAAAAAUGAUAAAUCAACAAUUACUUGUAUCGGAAAUGGUGAUAGAGAAAUAACAUUAUCACUAUAUAAUAGUGAUACGACGAAGGAUGAUGAUUCGAAUAGUGAUAGUGAUGAAGAAUUUGCGAUACAUGCAUGCUUACGAGGAUUUAUUAAAUCAAAAUCGAUAUCAACAAUUCAAAAACAUAAUUAUGCAGCACCUAUAUCAUAUGCUGAUAAUGGAAUUCUUGAUGGUAAUACAUUUAUUACAAAACCGAAUAAUGAUAAAUGUCUAAAUGAUGGUUUAAUCAAUACGCAAUCAAUAAGUGAUGGUGAAACUUCAGCAUCUUCAGCACCAUAUUUUUUACGAAAUCGAGCAUAUCACAAUUAUCGAACACCUAUAUUUAAGACAAAAUCAAAUAUAAAUAUAAUCGAUAAUUGGCCAACAGCAACAAAUAAUUUCAAGUAUGGAAUGGAUUUUGAAAGUGAUGAUGAUGAUUUAGAUCAAGCAAGAUCAUCACCAUUUACUUGUUGUUGGUCAGCACCAGAAUUCAUCGGUGAUAAUGAGCAACAA